AUGAACAACUUCGAAUAAGACUUCUAUUAAUUUGUUAAAGAUUAAUUAGCCAAAAAGAGAAAGUAAAAGGACUCUUCCCCUAAUACUCCACAAGAUGAAACUGAUGAAAUGGAAAAAAAUAGAUUGUUCAAUUAAAAUGUCAGUAAAGUGUUGCAACAAGAGAGAAAGAAAAUGAGAAUCAAUAAAGUUACAAGGGAGUAGUUGUUCGAUAGAAGGUUUAAAGAAUUUGCCAAUAUGGAUACCUUUCUUGACAUUAAAUAGUUUCUCAAACAUUUAAGCAAUUAGAAGAUAGCCAAAGCAGAAAAAAAAAAGAAGUUAAAAACUCUAAAGAAAAUAGAUUCAGAUAGUGAAAAUGAUGAUUUAUUUGAUUAUGCUGAAAUCAUACAAAAGAGCAAGUAAAUUGUUGAGAAAAGUACAGUUAUAAGGCAUUCACCUGACAUUAAAGGAUACUUGAUAUAGGAGGACUAACAAAAUUCACCAAAAAAUGAUAUAGAGGAACUCAAAACAGAAGAUGACAAAUUUUAUAAUGGAAUCGAUUAACUCUUUGUUGAUAUCAAGACUAAAUCUGAAUAAUUAGCAUUAUAAAAAAAAUAUGAGUAAGAAAGAAGAAAUUGCAAAAGAUCAUUCUAAAUGAUUAGAUUACCUCAAAAACAUAUAGAAGAAAAUCUUUAAGAAAAAGAGAGAAUGGACGAAUUGAUAUCUAAAUAAGCUAAGCAAUUUAAGUAAUAAACUGAAAAGGUUCUAUCAUUACUUGAAAAAACAACAAAGCAAUUAUACAAUAAUAAAUAGAAAAAAGGACCCCAAAGAUAUAUAAAAAAGAAGAAGAAGUUAACAGAACCAAUUUAAUAACUGUCAGAUAUUAGUGAAUAGAGAACAACUUUCCAUCAACUUUAUCCUGAAACUUCUCGAAGUACUAACAAACUUCCAUAGCUAUCUCCCAAUGCAUCCAAAAUCUAUUCUCAUAGAACCUUUUUAAGUUAAGCUGUUUUUCCUGAUUCGAGGAAGAUAAGUCAGAUUACUGAGAGAGAGGAACCUUAGGCUAAGAUAAAGAAUCAAUUUAAACAGUUCAUUUAAAAAAUAGACAGGGCUAAAGCAUCUUUUGAUAAAUCAUAUUAGAAUGACAAGGAGUUGUUGUAAAUUUAAUAAAGAAUAAUAAAAAAUAUGAAUAAAAUAGGAGAGAUUCCAUUGGAGAGUUUAAAAAUACUUAAUAAAAAAGAAUUUGAGAUUAGCAAUCUGAAGUAGAGUAAAUUUAAAAAACUAAGGCCUAUGCAAAUUUUAUGA